GUGUGUUUAUUGCGAGGUGCCCAGGGCACGUAGUCAGUCAGACAUGCUGGGGUAUCAGUCCUCUCUUGCGAUAGUGUUAGUGACUGCAUUGUUGUCUGACGCAGUACCUGUCUUGUUCUACAAUCAGAACUACAUCGACAGAGAGAUCUUCCCAGACCCGGAUGACAUCAUUGACUUCUUUCCCCCAGAACUGGUCCAAGGUCCAAAAACAUAUCCUGACUUCCUGGAUGGUGAAGAAGAGGUCUUACUCGCGUCUAAGAGAGAACCUGGACCUACUGGAAAUGGAUCUUUGAAGCUACAGCAAGCAAUUGCUUCCGGCACGUCAAAGGCCACUGACGGAGCCUCUGGAGUGGAAGUUGGGAACGAAGCAGGAGCAGAAGCAGAAGAUCAUGCGGCAGACAGCAGUUCCUUCUUUCCUAGGAUCACUGACAGUGAUCCAACUCCACUCUUAGCAAUGUCAUUUGCCGAUGAAUCACAACACAUUCCAGUGGAAACUGAAGGCUUGGACCAAGAAGAGGAGAACUACACAGCACUUGCCGGAACACCCCCUGGGGAUGACUCAACACCUGCUAGAACACUGUCGGAAGAUAACUCAACACCUGCUAGAAUAUCUCUGGAAUCUGUUCCAGCAACUGGAUUUCAUUUCGACCACAAACCAGAGACCGUAAUAGAUAUUGGGACAUCCACAUCAGGAGGUCCCUCCCUCCCUGACAACUCUUGGAUUAGAGAAACAGGUGUAACUGCAGUAACAACGGAAGCAACGCCACCAACAACUGAUGCAACACCAGCAACAACAGAAAUAACAACAGCAGCAGCAAUAAGAGAUAUAGCAACAACAGCAACAGAAGCAACAGAAGUAGUUAUUCCUGUUGACUUGAAUCCUCAACCUGGAACAGAAAUCCUUCCUGAGCUUGAUCCAAAUCCUCCAACCAAUGUACCAAUGCAGGAAGAUCCUCGAAUGGUACCUGAACAACCCAGCCAACAGAACCUGGUGCUAACACAAGAUAUACCAUUGGGUUCUAGUCCAAUACUCACCCUUGAGGUACCACUGGAAUCAAAUCCAUUCCUUCCACCUGAAGAGCUAUUGCAGCAAACUCAAGAACCAUUGGUACUCGAUGGUACUCAGGUCCCAUUGGAGGUUAACCCAGAGCCUUUGGUCCCAUUCGAGGAGGGACCUGUAGCUGAAACUGAACAUGUGGCUCCAUUGGAUGUUGAAAUGGCGUCUACUAUACAGUACCAUUGGAAUUAAUCCUCUCAUCUACACCUGUGGACCAGUCUGAAAGUGUACACUGGGUCACAGUGGUGAAUAAUCCAGCAGUCGCGUCUCGAGUACCUUCAGAGAACGAGCAUCUGCCUGCACCAUUGGAACUGCAUGAAUCGACUGCAAACGAGGCACCUUUGGAAGAGGAACAAGCAGUGGUACCUGACUUGGUGGAUAUAGGAGC